AUGCAGUACAAGGAUCGAUGGUCGCCCGAUAAUGGCUAUUACAGUGAAACAGAAUAUCCAUUAGGUGAACCCCUUCGUCCCCCUCACCCUGGAUAUGACAUGGGGGGUUGUGCGCAUGGCUGGACAGACGAUUCCGCAAUGUUUCCGGUUCCGGUAACCAAUGUUUCUCCUGCCCUCUCCGAUAUGAACGAUGUAAUUCAACCAACACAUGAGGUGGACAAUCGCGGUCCUCCUUCUUACGCAGAGCACAUGCAAAGAACUAGAACCAGAUCACUAAGUGCACCUCAAAUGAACCGUAGUGAUGACGUCACAUGUAAUAUGACGUCACACCAAGCUCAAUCAUCUGGAACUAUGCUCAAUGAUAUCAUGGACUGUAUAUCGGAGGAUGGGCAGUCCAGCGACGUACCUGUGUUGAACAUUUCCAAUUAUGGGGAAUCUCACUUGCGACAGUUGGCAUCGCUUCUGGCAGGCGGUGGACAGGUCCAGCUAUGGCAGUUUCUAUUGGAGCUUUUAACAGACGGUGCAAAUGACUGUUGUAUCAAAUGGGAGGGGCCUAAUGGCGAGUUCCGCAUGACUGACCCGGAAGAGGUCGCCAAAAGAUGGGGAAAUCGUAAAAACAAGCCAAAUAUGAAUUAUGACAAAUUGAGCAGGGCUUUAAGAUAUUAUUAUGAUAAAAUGAUACUUACAAAGGUUCAGGGGAAACGAUAUACAUACAAGUUCAAUUUUAAAAUGAUUCUUGAAUCUAACAAAGCCGUUUCAGGUUCGAUUCCUGCAAAGAUUGAUUGGAAUCCCAGGAUUGGAAUGGGAAAUCGAUUUUUGCAUCACAUGCAGUUUCGCGACUCGGCCUCCUCUCUACUUCCGGUUGAGCGGUAUGUGCGAUUAGAUCGUGAUACGCCAUUUCCAAUAUCAGGUCUCGAAUCAGGGCAUAGUCAGGACCGCAUAUCCUUAUCAGAAACAUCCAACUAUAUUACGUCAUCCCCUCGACCUAUGUCGCCCACAGUUUCAUCACAGUAUCUGCUACAAGGACCUCCCGCUUACGUCACUUCACAGUCGCCAACAGAAUAUCGCCCACCUUGUGAUUGUUACCCAGCUUGCCAAUCCAGACAGAGUACAAUGCCUUAUUACUAG